CGCGCCGCCGCCCGCCGCUCGCUGGAAGGAGUGGUACUUUUUAAAAGUGCAGCCCGGAGGCCAGCCCGCAGCCGCCAGCUCCUCAGUCCCGACCUGGUCCUGCGAGUCCCGGCCGCGCGCCUCCGUCCCACUUCAGUGCAGCCCAGGCCAGUCCAGCCCUCACCAUGCCGGUCAAAGGAGGCACCAAGUGCAUCAAAUACCUGCUCUUCGGCUUCAACUUCAUCUUCUGGCUUACUGGGAUUGCAGUCCUUGCCAUUGGACUAUGGCUCCGAUUCGACUCUCAGACCAAGAGCAUCUUCGAGCAAGAAAACUCUCAUUCUAGCUUCUACACAGGAGUUUAUAUUCUGAUUGGAGCCGGCGCCCUCAUGAUGCUGGUGGGUUUCCUGGGCUGCUGUGGGGCUGUGCAAGAGUCCCAGUGCAUGCUGGGACUGUUCUUUGGCUUCCUCUUGGUGAUAUUUGCCCUUGAAAUAGCUGCGGCCAUCUGGGGAUAUUCGCAUAAAGAUGAGGUGAUUAAGGAACUCCAGAAAUUCUACGUGGACACCUACGAGAAGCUGAAGUCCAAGGACGAGCUCCAGCGGGAAACGCUGAAAGCCAUCCACUACGCGUUGAAUUGCUGUGGUGUGGCUGGGGGCGUGGAACAAUUCAUCUCGGACAUCUGCCCCCAAAAGGAUGUACUCUCAACCUUCACAACGAAGUCCUGCCCUGAAGCCAUCAAAGAGGUCUUCCACAACAAGUUCCACAUCAUCGGCGCGGUGGGCAUCGGGAUCGCUGUGGUGAUGAUAUUUGGCAUGAUCUUCAGCAUGAUCCUGUGCUGUAACAUCCGCAAGAACCGAGAGAUGGUCUAGAGUCAGCUCGCACCCCUGAGCAGGAAGGUUGACCCCUGAAGAUCGUUGGUGGUUUUCCUGGGGUUUUGUUAUUGUUUUCGUUUUUGUUUUGUUGUUUUUUUUUUUCGCCACUAACUGUUAGUAUUCAUUCUGCAUUUCUAAACAGCAAAAACAGUUAUUCCAUGUUUAUCUUUUUAACGCUUUGUUCAGUAUGGAUAGUUGAGAGAUUAAGGGAUUUGGUUUGCUUUGGUUUAUAAUUUUUGGUUGUUUUUGCUUUUUAUGUUAAGCAGAAAUCCUGCAAUGAAAGGUACUAUAUUUGCUAGACUCUAGACAAAAGUUAUUGUACAUAAAGAGAAUUCUUUUUUUGUUUUUUGAAUAGAUUUAAAAAAAUGUCUAUCAAAUUUAAUCAGAUUGUAACUUAUGUUGAAGACAAUUUGAUACAUAAUAAAAGAUUAUGACAGUA